AUGCCCCGCCGAGCCUUCCUGUCCCAGGAAGAGAGGCAGGCGAGAGCCAGAGAGCGGGACCGGCUCAAAAAGCGUCGCAAGCGGGAGGACGGCCUGAAGAGGAUCCUGGAACGGCAGAGGAAUGCGGAGGCCAUGAAGCGCCGGCGGGAAGAUGAGAAGGAAAGGGAGAAGGAGCGCAGGAAGGACCGAGAGGCCAAAAGGAGGCGCAGGGAGAACCUGGAGGAGAGGGAGCGGGAGCGGGAGAAAGACCGGGAAGCCAAGAAGAGGCGGCGGAGGGAAAAGAAGGAGGAGAGGGAGAAGGCGCUCUACGAGGAUGUGGCUGCUCUGAUGCAGCUCUGGGGCAGGGAGGAGGAUGACGAGGAGGAGGACCGCGAGGAGGAAGAGGAGAGGGAAGACGAAGGGGACGAGGAGGAGGAAGAUGAGGAGGAGGACGACGAGGAGAGGGAAGAAAGGGAGAGGAGAGACAAAGAGCCCACGUCUGUGGUCCUGGGGACCCCGGCUUCACUGAUCUGGGUGCUUGCCUCGCGGUACUCUUUGUAAUUGUCAGGGGGGCAUCAGGAGGAGGGGGAUGCCAUGGAUACCAAGGCCUUCCGUCAUCUGCCCGCCGUUACAAAAACAUCUCCGCCACUUUCUGAGCCCACUCA